AUGUUUAGGUCAACUCGACUAUUACCCAAAAGAUUACCAUUAAGAGUACUACAGCAUCAGCAGAAACGAAAUAUUAAAAUAUCGCCAAAUGCUUUAUCUGGUUUGAAGUCUUACGGAUCGGCAAUUAAUGCAUUAGCAGCAAUUUAUGCCGGAGGUUUAAUAGUUACAUUAGGAUCAUUAUAUUUCUUAUACAAAGAUGCAAAUGAUAGACAGAAUAUUCCAUUUGAAUUACCAUUUAAAGAUCAAGUUGAAGCUGUUAGAGGUAUUAACAAAGAUGAUGUACUUGAAAAACCAAGAUAUGCAGUCAAACAUUAUCGAAAAUUAUUAUUCAAUUUAGCAAAACAAGUUGAUUCAACUAUAAAAGAAGAAGAUUUUGAUAAAUAUGAAAUACCAAUCAUCGAUUCUGAAACAUUGGUGUACAGAAAGUCAAAUAAAUUUUCAAAUUUUUAUAUUGAUAUGAUUUUAAGAUAUAGUAAAGCUUUACUUGCAAAAGGUGAAUUAGAUGCAUCGAUCAAUAUAUUGGAGAAAGUGAUAAAUGAUGAUUUAAUCUAUUAUAAACUCGGAGAUGCUGAAAGAUUGUCUGAAUGUACUAGAUUGCUAGCUAGAGUUUAUCAAAAUUAUAGUGACAAAGUAAAUGCAUUGAAAAGAUCUAUUGACAUGUUGAAUAAAACAUAUUCAUCGAUCCAAUUGAAUGAUGAUUUGACACUAAAAACAAAUAGCAAGAUUUCAGAUGAAUUAAUCAAUUGUUUGAAUGACUUAGCUUUUCAACAUGCUAAACAAUCUCGAAUAUCUGAUAAGGAUUUACUUAAACAGUCUUUGACAAUAUACCUAUCAAACUUAAAAGUUUUGUCGGAUUUACAAGCUUCAAUUCUAGCUAGACCUUCAAAUCAAAUGCAUUUUCCAUUAUUCAAUGCAUCAGCAGAGAAUUUAGAAUUUCAAAUAUCAUCAAUAAAAGCUCAUAUUGCAGAAAUACUAUGGGCCCAACAUCAUGAAAAAGAAUCAUUACAAUGGAAUGAAGAAUUAUUAAAGAAGUUAUAUUAUGACAAUGCAUCCUCUUCGAAUAUAAAUCAAGUUUUGAGUAAAGUAUUAGAUAACUUAGUCAAUUCAUAUACUAUUUUAAAGAGAUCAGAGGAUGUUGAAAGAUGUCAGAAGUUACAAAAAGAUGUGAAAAAAUUCGUAGCAACCGGCAAAGUUGAUAGUAAUGCAUCAAAUGAGUGGUAUGACAAUGUUGUUCGUACUUGGUCAAAAAUCAUUUACGAUCAAGGACCUUUGGGGAUAAUUCUCAAGCCUUUACAAGAGAGAUAUGGUAAAGUAAAGCCACUGAGAGAGUUAGAAGAUAUUGAAAAAGAAGAUGAAUUGUAA